CAAUCACGAGGCAGCGCGUUCGCUUUAAAAGUUGCGUCUGGUGCCAGAGGAGACAGGAGCUUCUGACUCGCACACAGACAUCUCACACCAGACAAAAUGGUCCAGUGGACGGACUUCGAGCGCGCCACCAUCAAGGCCAUCUUCGCCAAGAUCGACUCUGCAGUCGUCGGUCCUGCGGCUCUUUCCAGGUGUCUGGUCGUUUACCCCUGGACUCAGAGAUACUUCGGGAAGUUUGGAAACCUCUUCAACGCCGACGCAAUUAGAUCGAAUCCCAAUGUGAUCGCCCACGGGAAGGUUGUCCUGGACGGUCUGGCCCGGGCCGUGCAGAACCUGGACGACAUCAAGGCCACGUACGCAGAGCUGAGCGUGCUGCACUCCGAGAAGCUGCAGGUGGACCCAGACAACUUCAAGCUGCUGGCCGACUGUGUUUCCAUUGUGGUUGCUGCUCAGCUGGGUAAAGACUUCACUCCUGAGGUGCAGGCAGCUUUUCAGAAGUUCUUGGCCGUGGCGGUGUCCGCGCUGGGGAAACAGUACCACUAGAGACCUGCAGUCGUCACGUGACCUUUGCUGAGAAAUUCAAAUACAAAUAAAAUAUUAAAAU